AACGUUCGUAACGGGCCACUCCUCUCGCGUUCGAAUCAUCCGCGCGAUGCGUGUAAUCGACGCCCUAUUCUGUUGAGAGUGAUCCUCGUUCGUAAGGUGUGCGGCACGCGGUGAUGCUGAUCGCGUGCGGCGCUCGCUGACACAGCGGCAGCUGACUCUCGACUCCGAUCAGGAAAUCACGAUCCCUCGCGAGAGAAGAUGUUGGUCUGGAUUCUCUUGUUGUUCCUGGCUCCUGGAAAUGGCCAGGAAUGGCCACCGCCUCAGUUCACUCAGGAAUCUACAGAAUCCACCCCUAGGCUUCCAUGGAAUCGUUUUGAAGAUUGGGAUCAGAAUGCAGGAGGUUUUGGAUUCCGAAAUCCUUCGAAUCAAAAUGAAAAUGUUAUAAUUAGACAAUCCACAUACUUUGUGGUUGCGUCUCGCAUGGUCCGACCAGGCCAGGUGUACAGAGUCGCUGUAAACAUUCUUCACAGCCCACUGCCCAUAACGGUGCGUACAUCCAUUCAGCGAAAUGGUGUGGAAAUUGCGGCAGAUCAUCAGGAAGUGAAGGAGGGCAUACCAGAGACUUUGAUGAUGCGCAUGCCACCUACCUCCGUGGGUGGUGACUACAAGCUGCGUGUGGAAGGGAUGUACAAUCAUCUGGAGGGUGGCCAGGCCUUCCUGAAUGAAACCAAACUGAUAUUUUCACAACGAUCCAUGACUAUUUUUAUACAGUUGGACAAGCCCAUGUACAUGCAGGGCGAAACAGUGCGAUUCCGCACGAUUCCGAUCAAUACGGAAUUGAAGGCCUAUGACAAUCCCGUGGACGUGUAUAUGUUGGAUCCGAAUAGAAGAAUCAUGAGAAGGUGGUUGAGCAGACAGAGCAACCUGGGUACAGUGUCGCUGUCUUAUCAGCUCUCCGAUCAACCGGUCUUUGGAGAAUGGAUCGUACAAGUGAUAGCGCAAAAUCAAGUAGAAGAGAAGACGUUCCUCGUAGAGGAGUAUUAUCAAACGCGUUUCGAGGUGAACGUCACAAUGCCAGCGUUCUUCUUUGACAACGACCCCUACAUUUAUGGUAUUGUUCAGGCGAAUUAUACCUCAGGCGCGCCGGUGAAAGGUAAUCUGACUUUGAAGGCUAGUUUCAAACCACUGGAGAGACCACACAUUGCUUCUCAAUUGCCAAUCGAACCGGUCGAGAGAUACUUCAAUUUUAACGAGUACUAUCCAUCGUGGUUUAGGAUACUGAGAUGGGAAGAGCAAAGAAUACCAGUGUUGAGAUUUUUUAACGGAACGUACCAUUUCCGAUACCCUAUGCAGGAAUUGCUAGGUUUUGUUCCGUCGGCUUCGGUCGAAGGAAUGGAGGUCACUGUGGUCGCAACAGUAGGCGAGAGAUUUCUGGACGAGGUGAUCGUUGGCUAUUCCACGGCGAGAAUCUUCAAUUCCACCACGAAGGUCCGUUUCCUCGGCGGCAGUCCGCAGGUCUUCAAGCCAGGGAUGCCGUUUACCUUGCAGCUGGUCGCGUCCUUCCACGACAAUUCGCCGUUACGGCCCACGCAGCUCAGAGACGCCAUGAUGGAGAUUCGCGCGGAUGUCGAAAUGCGAACCGGCGGACGUCGCAGCAUCGACACCCUGUACCCGAGAGCGUCACCGGAACAUGCAGACGUGUGGUCCGUGAAGAUGGAUCUGAGGAAACAGCUCGGAUUGGAGCACGAUGCCGAUCGCGCCGAUCAGAUAUUAAAUGACGUCUCCUCUAUGAGGGUCUUUGCGCACAUCACCGACGGCGAAGGUUACAGGGCGCAGACCGAAUUGCUCCUGCUCGCUCAUGAGUCUCCAAAUAAUAAACACAUUAAAAUAUCAACGUCUACCGAAAAACCUAAGGUCGGCCAAUAUAUGGUGUUCCACGUGCAGACCAACUUUUACAUCGACGCCUUUAACUACCUCAUUAUGUCAAAAGGCAUAAUACUUCUAGCUGGCGAGGAUAACAUGCAGCACAAUGUAAAGACUUUCGCAAUUCCUUUGAGCCCCGAGAUGGCUCCCGUCGCGACGGCGGUGGUGUACUACGUGGGUCGCUAUGGCGAAGUUGUCGCAGAUUCACUGACCUUCCCAGUGAACGGUAUCUCACGCAACAACUUUACUGUGUUCAUCAACAACAAGAAGGCGAGGACUGGUGAGCGCGUUGAGGUGGCUAUCUAUGGCGAGCCCGGCGCCUACGUUGCCCUGUCGGGCAUCGACCGCUCGUUCUACACCAUGCAAGCGGGCAAUGAACUGUCGUACGCGAAUGUGAUCACAAAAAUGGCUCACUUCGACGAGGAAACUAAUGGCACGAACACACAUACCUGGCAGUAUCACGACGGUGAUCCGGACGAAUUGGUGUACUACCCGGCUUCCACCUUCGGCAUCGACGUCAAUCGCACGUUCGACUAUAUUGGCCUGAUCGUCUUCACGGACGCCAUGUUACACCGACGACCCGAACUCUGCAAUCGCACGCAGGGAUAUGGCGAGUGUUUGACCGGUCGUUGCUACAGACUGGAGAAGAAAUGCGACGGCAUAUUUGAUUGCGAGGACGGCACAGACGAGGCGCGAUGCAUCGAACGAAACGCGACUGAUCUGGCGCAGUUCCGCAAAUGGCGAUUCAACCGGAUCCAGAGACAUUACGAGAAUGUUUGGUUGUGGAAGGAUAUCAACAUCGGUCCACAUGGUCGACAGAUCUUUAAUAUAGAUGUUCCACGAAGACCGGUACACUGGAUGGUCACCGUCUUUAGCAUGUCGCCGAGCAUCGGGUUCGGUAUGUUGCCGAAGGCGCUGGAAUACACCGGAGUUCUGCCGUUCUAUAUAAACGUGGAGAUGCCGAGUCACAGCAGACAGGGCGAACAAAUUGGUAUUCGCGUGUCCGUCUUCAAUUAUAUGCGCUACAAUAUCGAGGCGACGGUAAUUCUGGCAGGCUCCAAAGAUUAUAAGUUUGUCCACGUCGAAGACAACGGUAUUGUGCAGUCGUACAAGCCGCGCACCUCCUUCGGCGAGCAUCAAUUCUUUAUCUGGAUCCCCGCUCAGGAUGCCAGUAUCGUUUAUUUGCCCAUCGUACCGGUCAGACUCGGCGACAUCAAGGUUCACGUCUACGCAACCACUCUAAUCGGCAGGGAUUCAGUAGUUCGCAACCUUCACGUCGAGGCUGACGGAGUGCCGCAGUAUCGGCAUCAAUCGAUUCUGCUAGAUCUCAGUAAUCGCGCUUACGUGUUCCAGUACAUGCACGUGAAUAUCACUGAGACGCCGAUCAUACCGUAUGACGAAAACCGUUACUACGUAUUUGGGUCUAACAAAGCGACUAUCAGCCUGGUUGGUGACGUGGUGGGGCCGAUUUUCCCAACAAUGCCUGUAAACGCGACGAGUCUUAUGAACAUGCCGAUGGACUGCGCCGAGCAGACCAUGUUCAGUUUUGCCGCCAAUAUGUACACUACAUUGUAUAUGCGCCUGAUCAAUCAGCGCAAUCGCACGCAGGAGAAGGAGAGCUUCUACUACAUGAAUAUCGGUUAUCAGCGACAGCUGUCGUUCAUGAAUCCCGACGGGUCUUUCAGCUUUUUCCGCACCGAUUGGAACCAAUCGAUGCCGAGUGUUUGGCUGACGGCGUUCUGCGCUCGGAUCUUCCAGGAGGCCAGCUUCUACGAAUGGGAGAAUUAUCUAUACAUCGAUCCCGAAGUGAUUGCUCAGGCAGUUUCUUGGAUAUUGAAGCAUCAGACGCCAGAAGGCGCGUUCUACGAGGUGACCUGGCUGCCAGACCGAAAAAUGAACAGCUCUUUGAAUUACAGAAACGACAUAAUCGCCCAUCGAAACAUUAGUCUUACCGCUCAUGUGCUCAUCACACUAGAGAGCGUCAAGGAUCUUACAGGCGGUCUAGGUUCUCAAGUGGCUCUCAGUGCGGCUAACGCUAUCAAAUGGUUAGAGAGGAAUCUAAAGCUGUUAGAGGAUCGCGGCAAGCCUUAUGAAAUAGCAAUAGUGGCUUAUGCACUUCUGGUGGCGAAAGCUUCGACUGCCGAACAAGCCUUUAACAUCCUGGCGAGACAUGCACGGAGAGAAGGCGGUUUAACGUAUUGGGGUAGAGAACAAGUACCGCUUCCUCCGUACAAGAUGGAAAAUCAGAAGCCCUUCUUACUGCCGCGUUUACCUUAUAAGUACGACUCGGAGAACAUAGAAACAACUGCGUAUGCACUACUCGUUCAUGUCGCCCGGCAAGAAGUAAUGAUAGAGCCGAUAGUGAAGUGGCUAAAUGCACAGAGAUUGACGGAUGGUGGAUGGGCUUCCACUCAAGAUACCGUUUGGGCGAUGAAAGCGCUAAUGGAAUAUACCGUGAGGUCGAGAAUUAGAGAUGUCAGUGCGCUCACGGUAACGGUAGAGGCUACCGCUUUACCGGGGAAGACUAAAAUGUUAACGGUGAACGACAAAAAUCUAGCGAGGCUUCAAACUAUCGAGAUCCCGGAAGCGUGGGGAACCGUAAAAGUGCAGGCGAAGGGCGCAGGCUACGCUAUUCUGCAGAUGCACGUGCAGUAUAAUGUGGAUAUAAAGAGAUUCCAAACAGAGCCGCCGAUGAAAGCCUUUGAUCUAGUCACCAGAGCAAAUUUCCACGGCAGAAAUCAGUCUCAUAUCUCAUAUUUUUGCUGUCAAAGAUGGACGAAUCUCAACGAAUCUGUCCGUUCCGGCAUGGCUGUGCUGGAUGUAGAAGUACCAACUGGCUACAUAAUUCAACAGCAAAAUCUGGACAGGUACAUCCUAUCGAAGCAAGUGAGGAAUCUCCAGAGAGCACGUUUCCAAGAAAAGAAAGUACUCUUUUAUUUCGAUUAUCUGGACAGCGAAGAGACCUGCGUAAACUUCACGGUGGAACGUUGGUAUCCGGUCGCAAAUAUGUCACGAUACCUUUCCAUUCGCGUUUAUGAUUACUAUUCGCCAGAACGCUUCAACGAAUCUAUAUUCGAUGCACUGCCUACGUACACAUUAAAUAUAUGCGAGGUUUGCGGCAGCUCCCAGUGCCCUUACUGCCCAAUUUACAAUGCUGCUAUACUUUUAACUACACCAACAGGUUUCCUGCUUGUCGUGUCGCUCGUCGUCACGUUAACAAGGUAUUUCCGAACGCAGCAGUUCGGCGACGGCUAGCAUACAUAAUACAAAGGUGAAAGCAUUCGAUCCUUAUUCAUUUCUAUUGCCAUAAUUUGCCUCUGCUAAUGGAGCACAAAUAUGGAACAAUAUGACAAAUCAAAACAUUGUACAUGUCCACGAUUCUAAUUUCUAAAUUUAAAGAAUUUUUUAUAUAAUUUUACAAAUACGAACAUGAUACGUGUGUGCAAUGAUCAAUGUAGAAUGAUGAGUUUUCAGUGUAAAUUUUUUUUCUAGUGAAGAUAAUCACUUUUAAUAAUUCUGAUUGUUUUUAUAUACAAUAUUUCUGUUAAAAAUUUUUGUUACACAAUCUGUGUAGCACAAGAUACAUUUCAUAAUUAUAAAGAAAAUCUCAUAACUUUCACAUAUUUACUUUCACAUUUUCGCGAUCAUGUAUAAACGAUACUUUAGAAGAUCAUAUUUUAUCAAGAGUGACAUAAAAACAAUUAAAAUUUUAGGCUCGAAGGUUUACAAUUAGAAAGUUUAUAAUUAUAGAGAAAGUAUAUUAUUAUUUAUACUUUUGAAUUAUGCAAAACGCACAAACUGAUUAUGUCAUAAGAUCGAAUAAUCGAAAGCAAUUGUUUCUAAAAGUAUUAACACAAAUUUUCACAUUUCAUACAUCAAUAUUUUUUGUAUUAUUUAACGAAAUUAUUGUUGUAAAUAUUAAAAUCCGUCUUGUCUUUUUUAAAUCUUGAAAUGCAAGAAUUUUAUCUUUUACGUGUUAGGGCAUCGUACUUUUGGAGGCAAAGUAUUUGAAGUACAAAUCAAGUGUAAUAUCGCAGCUAGCGAUUUUUAUCAGCUACGCUACUAACUAUAAAUUACCAAAAGAUUUGCGGCAAAAGUGAUUAAAUGAAUAUACCGAAAAGAAAAUAAUUCCAGAUUUUUUAUAAGUUAUUAUAGUACUGUUCAGGAUUUGUUUUCGAUUUUGGGUUUAAAUUUGAAAUAUGCCAAUAUGCCUAUUGUUGUUCCUACUUUUCAUUGCAAACUGUUUUUUUAUAAUACGCGAUAGUCUUAGGAACGAGAUUAAUGUAAGAUCAAAGAAUUUUUCAGGUCUGUCAUUCAUAAUCUUUCAUGUGAGAUGAUGCAGUAAACUGUUGACAGAUUGGAUAUUAUUAAUUGUACAUAUUCUGUUUUGUUGUAUUAUAAUUACAGUAAAUUUAUAUAUAAAUACUAAUUAUAUAUCUAUACUUUAAAUAUUGUAUAAAAUUACUUUUACUACUACAUAUAAUUAGGUAUUUUUUAUAUUUUAAUUAUAUGUAUUAAGUAUAAUAGUAUUUUAUAAUUAAUAUUAAUAACAAAAUGACAAUUUUUAACAGUGAUUGUGAUAUAUACAUCAAAAAUUGUUAACAAUUUUAAAAUAAUCUCAUUUCUGAAAGUGAGUAUCAGGCAUGUUACAAGGAAAUAAAUAUGAAAUGCAGGGAAGAGAAAUUAACAGCAAUAGGUAUGAACAUCGACUUCAAUUUCAAAUUCAAAAAUAUAAAUCCUGGACAACGCUAAUUUAUUAUAGCUAAAAAUUGCUUGUUUUCCCAAUAUAGUUUACACAACUUGAAGUUUAUUCCUUAAUAUUUCUUAUUCCGUUUCGUGAAUUAUAUCAUUCGCAGAUCAUGCCUUCGUAGUACACAUUAAUAUUCCCAAUUUUAGAGAUAAUCUUUUGUUUUAUAUUGUUUCAAUCGUCGAAUAUGAAAAAAAAA